ACGAUGGUCGUGUCUAGCUGCGGCAAUUGACGUUUGCUGAACGUCAUCCCAGGUUCGGCAUGAAGGUUGCUCGAGAGUGGGAAAUCGUCAACGGCACCCGGGAGGCCCUCUCUCAUGUCGGCGUGGACGUGGUGCAGGACAUCUUCAAGCGCUUCGUCAAGUGCCACGAGCAUCCGCUUAGUCUGUACAAGCUACUCGGAGACCGGCUGAUGCGCAACAUCACGAAUUCCGUGGGCACCGACUGGGCCUUCUCGUGGCUCUGGUCGGGCGCUGACAACCCUCGGCUCUCCGAGAAGCUGGCACAUUUCAUCGACCCCAAGGUGCCACUGUUUCCCAAGCACGUGACAAUGCUGACAGACAUCGAGACCAAGAUGAAUGACGUCAGAUCGGUCAAGUUUGGCGACCUGAACACACUGUCCUACCUGCGAGACGUUGAUAGCCUUGACUUCACCACGGACGCUUUCGUACCCCUGUCGACCAAGCUGACCGAUAUCCAGGAGUCUGUGACAGACGACACUGUGAAGCAGAAGAUAUCUGAUAUCCUGGAGCAGGUUAAGACAACCGUGGACGAUUACGCCAAGGGCGAACCGAAAAAGGAUGAAAAUGUUCCGACUCCCCUGACGGCAGCACUGUUCGCAGUCGCAACGAACAAGGUCUGA